UAAUAAAGUGGCUUUGAAAUAAAUUGAAGUGUCCACUAAAUGUCACAUUAAUCAAUUUCUAAAAUAUACACACACUUCCCAAGCCAGUGAACCAUCACAUUCAAAUGGAUUUUACGAUGCAGCUUCGACGCGUCCCCUCAAAAACAAAAAUAAAGUUGACAAAUUCGAAAAAAUCAUGCAAGAAGCGAAAACAACAGAAUUGCAGAAAGAACGACAAGUGUGUGUGUAUGCCGAUGCAGCUUAGCACCUUCGAAUUUCCCCGAAUUUGGAAAGAAUUGCGUCUCAAAAACCAACUUUGCGACGGGAUCGUCCGUUGUGCCGACGGCACCGAGUUCAAAAUCCACCGAGCCAUCCUCUCGGCAGCCAGUCCCUACUUCCGAGCCCUCUUCACCAACUCGAUCAAUCGGGGCCAGCCCGAGACCUACGAGGCCAAUGUGAGCAUUCCGGGCAAAAUCUUUGCCCUGCUGCUCGAUUUCGCCUACACGGGGACGUGCUCGAUCAACUCCUCGAACGUGGAGAAUUUGCUCAAGUUCGCCGACCGGUACGAGAUCCUCGGAGUUGUGCAAAUGUGCUGCAGGUAUUUGCUGGAUGAACUAAGUCCGACGAAUUGCUUGGGAAUUUUGCAUUUUGCCAAUCAGUAUUUUUGCAGCGAUUUGGUGAAGCGAGGGCAAAGAUACGUCAAGCACAACUUUGCCAAGGUUUUGGGCGAAAGUAGCGAAUUUGUCCAUUUGGACAAAAACGAACUAAAGGAAAUUAUAAGUGACGAUGAAUUGAAUAUCAAACACGAAGAAAUCGUAUUUGAUGCCAUUAUGAAAUGGAUCAAUUUUUGCCCAAACAGUCGCAAGAUUCAUUUUUUUGAGCUGCUGAGAUGUGUCAGAUUUGGGAACAUGUUAAGGGAGAAUAUUUUGAUAAUAUCCAAUCACCAGUUUGUCGAAGAAAAGUCUGAAUGUAAGGAAUACAUGGAGAAAGUUGUGGCUCAGACUGAACUUGCUGCCUAUCCCGGAAAAAUUGACGUUAACAAUAUUUUAUUUCGGCCAAGGAUUUCCUACGAUGUGCUUUUUGCAAUCGGGGGUUGGAGUGCUGGAAGUCCGACGAAUUUUGUCGAAACUUACGAUAUCCGAGCUGAUCGUUGGCUGCUUUCUUCUGACACUGAUUCCUUUCCGAGAGCUUACCAUGGGUUGUGUACUUUGAAUGGGAUUAUUUAUGUGAUUGGAGGCUUUGAUGGUAACCAGUAUUUUAACACAGUUCGGCGUUUUGAUCCAGUGAACCACACCUGGAGUGAGUGUGCUUGUAUGUACCACCAUCGUUGUUAUGUGAGUGUUGUAAUGGCCGAUAAUAAGAUAUAUGCCAUGGGAGGGUACAAUGGUAGAAGCAGAAUGAAUACGGCCGAGAAAUAUGAUCCUAGCAAAAACCAAUGGGAGAUGAUUCCUCCAAUGCAGAAGCAACGGUCUGAUGCCAGUGCUGCCACGCUUAACGAAAAAAUUUACAUAGUUGGGGGCUUUAAUGGCCAGGAAGUGAUGCGAUCCGCCGAAGUCUUCGAUAUCAAAACCAACCAAUGGUCUUACAUCCCCCAAAUGAUAUCGGCGCGUUCCGGCGUCUCUUUGGUGGUUUACGACAACACCCUGUAUGCACUGGGGGGUUUCAACGGCUACGUGAGACUCACAAGUGGCGAGAAAUACGUCCCUGGCGAGUCUCCCUGGUGGACGGAAAUCUCCGAAAUGAUGACACCUCGCAGUAAUUUUGCCACAGUUAUCCUGGAUGACUACAUCUACGUCAUCGGAGGGUUCAACGACAACUUCGUGUCAGGUUCGUCGACUAUCAACUUCGUGGAGUAUUACGAUCCGGAAGCGGAUGACUGGUAUGAUGCCUCACCGAUGAAUUUGAACAGAUCGGCUUUGAGUGCUUGCGUCAUUAGUGGAUUGCCGAAUACCGAAGAUUAUUCGAUACUGGGGCGGAGUCAACAGGAAUGGGGACAAGGAGCUGAGAUUGGCUCAAAUUAAUGUGUUCGAAGAGUGAAAAUGUGUGGUUCUUGCCUUUUUUAUUUAUACUUGUUUAUUUUUUAAAUUUGCCAGUUUUAUACAAUAAAAUAUUACAUUUUGAA